UCGAGCCGUGGACGAGCCGGUCACCGGGAAUACUCCAUACGAUCUCCUUUGUUCGUACAGUUGGCGCAAUACGCCGUCUCCGUCUAUCUAUGUUCCUGGUGAGACGGGAGCUCCCUUUUCUCUGGCUGACAAAAGAAGAAGAAGAAGAAGAAGAAGAAGAAAAUCCAUGGCUGAGACGGACUAGGUGCGCCUCGCAGAUGGCACCCGCAAGAGAUCCCUGUUUCUCUGCCACGCGAUUCCGGCCUGGUAUAUAUUGACCAGAAUGCCUUUGCAGCAGAAUAUGCGUUCGAGCCUGCCUUCCAAGCCCUCUCGGUGAUGAAUCCGGACGUUGAUUUUCACAAAAUCGACAUCGUCACGAAUAGACAUAGUUUGAGAAAUCUGUUCCAUGCCAUCGCUGGGCCAGUCGUGGGUUCUUUUCGGAUCGACCUGCAUCUCGUGAAUGGGACUCUGUUCUUAUCUCGCCGGGACAGGAGAAAUGCGUCGGUGGUGUGCGAGUCGCGUGCUGACGUCAGUUUUGGUCACUCGUUCGAGAAGGAAUUCUCGAAACAGAAGUCCCAUUUGCUGGAUUCAGACUCCCACUAUCGGCUCAUUGCGUAUCCACUCGGUGGUCUGAAAUGCGCGGUUCGAUUCGAGGUCGACGCGUACUCUUCUCCAGAUGAUACUACCGCAGACGGACCUGACUACGUUCCUCCUGUGAAUCAUUCAUCUUCCCCAGCGUUGGCGGCGCCUGGAUCAACAGAGGUAGUCUGUCGAGGACACUCGAUCCCGCACGACUCCAUCAUGGAGGUGAAAACUCGCGGCAUCCGGUGUAAAAGCCUUACUCGUCUCAUGCCACAGCUUUGGUUCAGUCGCACGCACCGUUCCGUCCACGGCAAGCACAGGAAAGGUACCUUCAUUCGAAUCCAAGAGCUCGAGCAUGAUUCCGAGCUUUCGACAUGGGAAAUCACGCACCAGGACAACCUGCGCAAGCUGGUAGGGCUGUUGAAAGAAUUGUGGCAAAUUACAAACACCUCCGACAACAAGUCUUGCGUCUUGGUUUCGGAGAAGGCCAAACCCCGCAGUUUCAAUAUUCACUCUUAUCCUGAUUGCAAGCCGGCACUACCGCAGGCCAUUAUCGACCGGUACUGGCGAACGGAGUGAGAACAGGCACUUCAAAGUCGCUCUAGCCAUCUGUAACACAGGGCACCGGUGAAAGCAACGCUUGUAGGAAAGCCUCAAUCAUUUCAUCUCUAAAUAUGUACCUCCUCUG